AUACCUGGCUUGUUAUGACCUCAGACGAACCUCGGGUAGGUCUUCGGGCCAUUCGCCCAUCUCAAUAUAUUUUCGGCAUCCAAGCCAUCCCUUUGUUAGCCAGUGGAGUUUACACCUUGCUCUGGCCGGGCGCAGUCGCCAACAUGCCAGAUUCACCGCUGGAGGGGGUAAGCAGUGGAGCGAUCCAGGCCAUGAGUCUCACCUCGAUGGCAUUGGGAACAUGCCAAACGAUCGCCGCGUAUCAGAACAAUAUUCCCAUAAUGAUCGCCGCGGUACCGGGGCGACUAUUGGCUGCCUUUGUGUUCCACCGCAGUGGUGGAGGAUGGCGUAAGUUGGCACCUUUUGAGGGCUGCAUGGGACUGCUCGUCGCGAUCGGGGUGUAUUGGACGUGGUAUACCGACCGGGGGAGUAGGGACGGGGACAAGGAUAGGAGUAAGGACAACUAG